AUGAAGGCCAUCCAUGACGUGAAGCAGAGUUGGUGGACAAGCUUGAUGGAGUAUGUGAGGCACGGGAGCACCGAGGCAGGGCGUCGGGCGGUGGAUAAGGCCGAGUUCUUCGACUACAAGGACACUCUGAAUAGCCACUUAGUGAUACGACAGCCUCGGCAAGGGAUUUGGGAGCUCAUGAAGGCUCUCACCUUGAACCGCAGAGCGAGGAAGAGAUUGUUGAGGGCACCGUCUUGGAUUGUACGAUGGGACCCUCCGGCGGUGGAGCGUCGACGGGAUGAUCUUCGUCACUUGGCCUAUUCAGGGGAGGCUGUGUAUGUCAAUGUGAACACUCUACUGGCCGAGAAUGACUUUGAGGAUGUUUGGAGAGUUGUUUGGUGGGCGGCUGUUCAAGGCCGAGUAAGUACGGUUGUGGCUCGAGAUGCCACUCCAAAGCCACUGGACCAGCUCUCAGCCGGUCCACACCGGACCCGCGUGCAUUGGUUGCAUGCUUUAUCCUCUGCAGGAAGAGCCUCCCGAGGAGGAGAUGUUGUCCGCUUGUACGUUGAGGACGCUGGGGCUUUGGCGGCCCCGGAGCGGAAUGCAUCACUCACUGUUGCUACUCUGUGGAGCAACAACAAGGACUCUGUUGGAUACAUGAGUGAAAUGGGCCUGGUGGAUGUGGCGAUUCAAAGGUUUACCGGCGAGCGCGUGGCCCGCUUGGCAAAGUUGGACUCAGAUGCAGCUUGGAGGCUGCACGUGAUGAAGAACCACACCCCGUAUAGACGGGAUUGUUCGGUGUGCGUGAGGAAUGCCGCGACGGGCAGGCAGCGCCGAGCUACGAUGCAUCCCUCGGCCUAUACGUUAUCACUUGAUAUAGCAGGCCCCAUCAAGGGCCACGGUCUGUCACCGGAUGGCAAGCACUUCCGGUUCUUCCUUGUGGGAGCGUUUAGGCUUCCGGUGCUUGAAGGAGGGAUUGGACGAGAUGAUGAGUUACGAGGACAUCCUCUUCCGCAUGGUGGUGAUCCGGAUGAUGAGGAGGAGCUGUCCGAUGAUGAGGUAGAACCUCGUGAUGAGUUCGAGGAGGAGAUCCCCGACUACAGUGUGGAGGAGCAGCAGAAGGAGCAGGAGGAAUGGGAGAAGCUGAAGGCAACGUUCAAGGAGCCUCUAAAGACGGAGACCAUAUACUUCUGUGCUCCAGUGAAUGGCAAGAAAGCUGUGUAUACCUUACCUGCCCUGCAGCAGAUGGUCACGGAGAUCAAAUCCCUCGGGUACCCGGUGGUGAGAGUUCACUCAGAUCGUGGAGGAGAAUUCCGCGGAAAUUUGGUAAAGAGAUGGCUGGCUGGCCAGGGAAUCCUGAGGACUACGUCUACGGGAUCUGAGCCGGCCGAAAAUGGAGUUGCUGAGGCAGGAGUAAGAUACUUGAAGCGCCGUGCCCGGACGCUGUUAGAUGCAGGGCAACUUCCACGAGUACAUUGGCCCACGGCGAUACAAACUGCUGCAGUUCAGCAGCGAUGUAGCAAGCUGGGCAUUCGGGAUCCCACUCCCGUAGCUUAUGGCGCGAAGGUGUACGUGAAGAUUAAGAAGUACAAGACGGGCGACGCGGAGAGCUUUACCCCCCAUUGGCUACAGGGUAAAUAUUUGGGCCCGUCAACCGAUGUCAGAGGAGGACAUGUGAUCUUGAAGCCUUCAGGAACCUUCUUGACUACAACUCAUGUGAGGGUAGCGGCGGACCCACCCCCACUUGACCAGGUUGCGCCUACGAUUAUAGUUGAACCUGAAGCCAGUGUAGAACCUCCUCUACCACCACCGUCAAGCCCACCGAGUGAAGUGGAUGAUCCAGAACUAUUACCGGUUCCUAAGGUGAGAACGCGCAAGAAAGGCCCAGCGGUUCGACAACUUCAACCCUACUUCCCGGACUAUGUGUCGCCGACGGAGGUGGACUUGGGGACUUCCUCUACUACAAACGAAGAUUCGGAUGAACCACAGGUCCGUAUACUACGUCCUACGGAAAUCUACGAGAUCGAGGUGCUGGCGGCGAAGAUGCUCGAGGCUGGCAUCCCGACCGCAGGAGGCUGUGCAGCACUCUUGGACAAGAUUGGAUACGGCUGUGGAAAUCUUAGGGUGCCCCGCGCCAAGAAUGGUAGAGGACUGUUGUUGGGGGCCUACGUGCACGGUGGCACCUUUGGAGUCACGAAUUAUGGCAAGGAGUUACGAUGGACGGCCUUGUACUUCAACAAGUUUCUGAGCAAAAGGCUGAAGGAGACGCAAGGCGAAGGCGAUCAUACGUGGACUACCAUUGCACUUCAGCAUGCAGCCGAAGUACCUUUGCACCGUGAUGUUCACAACCAGAAGGGUUCCAGGAACUAUGUCAUGGAAAUUAAAUGUGAAGAAUACUCUGGGCUGUGGGUACAGGAUGAUGAACGUGAACGUGGAGUUCAGGGAGGCGAGCGGCCGGCAGAUCAUCAGUGGAUGUCUGAUGAUGGUGUGAUCCAUGAAGGCUGUUUAGUCGAUAUUAAAAGUACCCCGGCAUCAUUCAAUCCACGGUUGAGACACGCCUACUUGAAGGACAGUGGUGAAAAAUGGUUCUUGUCUGCCUACACCCCACAUGGUGUGCAUCGGCUGUCUGAGGCCGAUAAGUCCUACUUGGAGAGCAGUGGAUUUCCUCUCCCAGACCCUCCGGAUCCAAUUGAUGACGGGGCAUUGGAAACCAGACCGAUGCUCAAAGCUACCUUCUUUCCGCAAAGUUGGGAUGAGUUGGAUGGAGUUCGCUCACCCCUCUACGAUGUGAAGCAGGCCACCGUCUAUGGCAAUGAUGAAGUUUGUGGAGAAUGGGGGAUCUACGUUGAGGAGGAGAACCCAGAUGUAAACACUGUUCGCGGGCUUCGGAAGCUUUGUGACUCAGAAGGCCCAGUGAGUGAAGCGGACUUGCUUUGGAGAACUUCGCAGUGUGUGUUGGGCUUUGAGUCCGAUGCGGUGUAUCAGAAUGAUGUUGCACAGUGUGUGGAAGAAUGGUGCGGCGAAGAUGGAUGUAUGAGUCCAAGGGUUGCUAAGAUGGAGCCGGAGUACACCUCCAAUGUUGAGGGCAUUAUCGAUGAGCUCAUCAGCAGCGGCACCCCUUUGCGCCACACCCAUAAUGUUAGCCCACAAGAAGUGCGACAAUUCCUGGAAAGGUGGAGACCUUCCAUCCAGAAGGAGCUUGGUGUUGUUGAGAAGGGUUUUAGAAGAACAACCGUGAGGGAGGUCAAUGCCCUGAAGGCCACCCAUAAGGUUCAGGAGCUCCCGGCUAAGCUGGUGUACACGCUCAAGCCACCAGCCAACGACGCCACUAACGAGGGAGAGACACAGUAUUGCAAGAGGAAGUCUCGUAUUGUUUGCUGUGGAAAUUAUGCAUCUCCGGACCAGGCCGAUAUCUUCGCAUCGGGUGCGGCGGCCGAGAGUUUGAGGAGCUGCUUGACGUAUUCAGCAUGGCAGAGAUGGCUCACUGCUUUGUUGGAUAUUGCUGGGGCGUUUAUGCUGACCCCUCUACCGGAAGGCCCGAAUGAGACGACCUACGUCAUCCACCCUCCAUCUGUCUUGGUGAAGCUCGGGCUAGCCACUGAGGAUGAAAGGUGGAUACUCACCCACGGCAUGUAUGGACUUCGUCAGAGCCCCAAGCUGUGGUCCGAGUUUAGAGACCGCACGAUUGCUGCCAUGAGGUUUGAUGUUGAAGGGAUGCAGUGGCUGCUGAAGCAGGGCGACGCGGAGCCAAACAUGUGGGCUCUCGUUGAAGUGGGUGCCCCAGAAGGCUCACCUGGAGCAUUGGUGCUCAUCUAUGUCGACGACAUUCUCCUAUGUGGAAGGUUGAGCUUGAUCCGAGCCGUUGCCCGUAAGCUGAGCGAGACUUGGAAGACUACGGAUUUGGAAAUGCUCUCAUCUACCCAUGGGAUAAGGUUCUUGGGGUGUGAGAUUCUCACCAAUGACGAGCACGACCGCUACUACCUCCACCAGCAGCCCUACAUCAAGGAGAUCCUCCGGGCCCAUGAUGUACCAGAGACCGCUACUUCUCCGAUUCAAGCCCCCAAGCACUUGGUAACGUUUGAGGCUGAAGAAGAUGAACCAAAAGGGGAUGAAGGAGAGGUGAAACAGGCUCAGCGUUUAUGCGGUGAGCUACUAUGGUUGGCGCAGCGCACCCGACCUGAUAUCAGCUUCACCGUGAAUGCGAUGGGAGCGUUGAUAAGUCGGGCUGCCCCACGGUGCAUCGUGGUUGGUACUAAGCUGCUGUCUUACCUGCAGCACACCCAGGACUAUGCCCUGGCCAUCGUUCCCCAGAACGACGAGUAUGUCACCUUUACAGACAGCUCCUACGCGCCGGAGGGGAGAAGGUCACAUUCAGGUGUCCUGAUCACCUGGAGAGGAGCUCCUUUAUCAUGGCGAGCUACAAGGACUCCCUAUGUGUGCCUUUCGACAGCGGAAAGUGAACUUACAGCCGCCAUCGAGGGGCUGAAGAUGGCUAUGUCCCUGGGUGCGGUUAUUGAGGAGCUCAUGGGCAAGGAGUUGGUGAUUACUUUGGCAAUCGACAAUCAGUCGACGAUUGCCAUAGCGAGACCUACAGGAUCUACUUCGUGGCGUACAAGGCAUCUCCGAGUACGAGCAGCCUUCAUAAGGGAGCAGGUUCAAACCGAGAAGGUGGUUCUCAAGUAUGUCAGGGGCCAGCACCAGCUGGCGGAUCUCCUUACGAAGGCCUUCCCUCGCCAGAGGCUUGAGGAAUUGGUUACGCUAUGGGGAAUCGGGCGCAUUGCGGAUGGAGCUGCGGCAACCUUGUUGAAGGCUAUGAUACUGUGCACAAUGAUUCAGUCUGCUAGAGCGCAGGACCAGCAGGACCCACUGGCCUUGGACACAACAUCACUCGAGCUCUACGUGAUCCUGGCGUUGGUUGGGGUUGCAGUUGUGGCAAUGUGGGAGUUUGUGUGGCUCUGUGUUGAUCGGUGCUGCGCAGCGCCCGAGAGCACUCGGGCUGGGAGGCGUGACUCCUCCCGCCAGACCUACCCCUACACCGCGGACGACAACUUCCAGGAGUCCACCGCAGCUACAACGUCCUACAGCAGCGAGCAUUUCAUCUACGAGGACUAUGUCCCCAUCAUCGAGUACCUUGACCGGGAUGUUCCGGUGCCUGUUCGUGAGUGGCACCCCGGACCAGUCUAUGUCAGUCCCUUCGCGAACGAAG